CUGGUUGUCUCCCUGCAGCUGCUACACGCGCGCAGGCCUUGUGGGCUCCGAAGGCCCAAUACUUCCGAGGCAGACGCUGCAUGGGCCUUCUGCCAGCCUUCUUCGUCCGACUGAGAAUGCAGCCCAGCCCAUGCAGAGAGAAGUACUCAGACUGAGCAUUCAUGUUUACAGUCAACUCGGUCAGACCCAGCGACUGCACCAGCAAUUACUCCCAACAACAGGUCGGCCACUCACCACGGCAUUUGACCUGAGCCACUCGCCCACUGGCUGGCACCGUCAAGCGCUCGCGUACACGCUUCACAGCGCGGCAGCACGGGGGCGGAUCGGGCCACGCCGGGCUGUCGAGGGCCGCCGGGAUCCAGAUCAAGGCGGCCGCGGCGUGCGGGUGCGAACAAAUCCCAACUCCGCUCCGGCGCCUGCCCUCCGGGUCACGCCGCCGUCCCGGACAAAACCGACAGCUGCGGUGCGGGGUCAUGUGAUGCAUGCCGUCUGCGACGGGGAGGUCUUCGGGUUUCGUCGCGGGCCCCUGCCCUGCCCCAAGCGUCCAACCCACGCACGCGUCGGACCUCAUCGCCACGCUUUGCUUACAGUUACACCAAACCGCAGUAGAUGUUCUCUCUCUGUUCUAAAUUAUAAAUCAUUUUAA